AAGCAGCACAAAUGUCGAUUGUGGAUCGUCUUCUCCAACCCAAACUCCGGCCACCGCCGGCGAGCCUCAUCCGGAUGAGAUCGAACGCGGCCGACGAGCUGAAAGCCUUCCGCUCCUGUCUCCGAUGGAUGGGCGUCGACCAUUCCACCUCCAGUACCGCUGCCCUAUCCUGGACCAUUUUCUUCGCCCUCAACUUCGCCGUUCCAUCCAUCUCUCACUUCGUCCUCACCUUCUCCCCCCACCGCCGCCCGUACGACGCCGCUCUCCAACUCUCACUGAGCUCCGCCGCCGCCGUGGCUUUCCUCUGUCUCUCCUCAGCCCACCAACGCUACGGCCUCCGCCGCCUUCUCUUCGUAGAUGAACUCCGGCGAGAGAGCCCCCGUGUUCACGCCUGUUACACCGCCCAACUUGGUGGAUCCUUCCGCAUCCUCUCUUUCCUCGUCGCCCCCUCCCUCGUAGCCGAGUUCGCUUACAAGCUUUGGUGGUACCUCGCCGGAUCCCGACGAAUCCCCUUUCUCUGCCACCCGGCUGCGAGCGAUUCCGUCGCAUUUGCCCUCGAGCUAGCCUCCUGGACCUACCGCACAGCCAUCUUCCUUCUCGUCUGCGUUCUCUUUAGGUUAAUCUGCCAGUUGCAUAUUCUGAGGUUGGAGGAUUUCGCCGCCGUGUUCAGGGAGGAGUCGGAAGUUGAGGCGGUGCUCCGGCAGCAUCUGAGGUUAAAGAAGCAGCUUAGGGUUACGAGCCAUCGCUUUCGGUCUUUUAUCAUUGCUUGUUUGGUUCUCGUCACCGCCAGCCAGCUGACGGCGUUGUUUCUCGCCACCAAGCACGAUGCAGACGACCGCCUCUUCAACACCGGCGAGCUCGCC